CUCGGUCCUUAUGCUACAUUAGACUUGUCAAUGCAAGAAGUGUCACGACUAAGCGCUGGAUGCAAGACUCUUCGACAUUGCUAGCUGAAGCCAAGCCACGCAAAGUUCAGAAAGGUGUGCAACCCCAAUCGGCCAUUGAUGAUAUCGUCAAGAGUAAAUGGGCUCGUCCAAGUAAUUCCGACGCUGCAAGAUCGACAGGGAAGAGGAAGGGCGGUCAGGAUAUCACUUUGCGACAACAACCAAAGCCGACUGAUCAUCAUCCUGAAAAGCAUGCAGGAGAAGCACCCAAACUUCACCAACGACACGUUGAAAAGUUUACACAAGAGCAUAAACAUAAAGGAGAUAUCAAGAGAAGUAAGAAGAAGGAGGAAGAGAAAGCAAGGGUGCUCGAGCAAGAACGGUUGGCUGCAUUGAAAUACGAGAAAGAGCUGAAAGCCGAAGCUGAGGCGAAAGAACGAAAGAACAAAUUGGAGCAAGCCAAGGCUGAGAAAGUUCAACGCGAUGUGUAUAUCCCGGAGGUCGUCAACGUUUCCAACUUGGCCAAAAUUCUAGGUAUUCGUUUGGAGCAAAUGAUCAGUACAAUGCAGGCUCUGGAAAUGCCAAAUACCAAGCACGAUCAUAUGCUGACUGCAGACGAAUCUAGUUUGAUUGCAAUGGAACUGGAUAUGAAUCCAAUUGUAGACUCGCAAGCUGCAUUGGAUCUUUUCCCUCGUCAGCAACCCGAGGAUAUGUCUAUCUUCCCUUCCAAACCUCCGGUGGUGACCAUCAUGGGCCACGUUGAUCAUGGUAAAACUACCUUAUUGGAUACACUUCGUAAGAGCUCUGUCGCAGCAGGUGAAGCAGGUGGUAUCACUCAGCAUAUUGGCGCCUUUUCUGUUGAUCUUCCAUCAAAGAAACGUAUUACCUUUUUGGAUACCCCUGGACACGCUGCCUUCUCCGCCAUGCGAUCGCGAGGAGCUAAUGUGACAGACAUUGUUGUACUUGUCGUGGCUGCAGAUGAUGGUGUUAUGCCUCAGACAGUGGAAGCAAUCAAGCAUGCUCAAGCCGCCAAUGUCCCCAUCAUUGUUGCUGUCAACAAGUGCGAUAAACAUGGCGCAGACCCACAUCGAGUGAAGCAAGAACUAUUACAGCACGAAAUCCAGUUGGAAGAAUUGGGUGGCGAUAUUCCAUCGGUUGAUGUGUCUGGAUUGACUGGAAAAGGCUUAGAUGAAUUGGAGGAGAACAUUGUCACUUUGGCGGAAGUUCUGGAUCUUCGAGCUGAACGAAAUAAUACGGCCGAAGGUGUUGUGCUGGAAUCCAAUAUUGAAAAAGGUCGAGGCAAUGUCGCAACCGUCUUGGUUCGAACUGGAACGCUGAAGCCUGGUAGUAAUGUUGUUGCUGGUAACGCUCUAUGCAAAGUGCGAUCUAUGACGGACGAUAAAGGAAAGCCGGUGAAAGAAGCAUUACCUGGUAUGCCUGUCAAAGUGAUUGGCUGGAAAGAGUUACCCAAUGCUGGCGACGAAAUGCUCCAAGCGCCUUCGGAGUCUGUUGCGAAGACGGUCGUGGCCAAUCGAAUUGCUAAAGUGCAGCGAAAGCAACAGUUGGAAGAUCUCGAAGUCAUUAAUGACAAGCGCAGACGUCAACGUGAGCAAGUCGAAGCGGAACGAAACGCUGAGCGAGCCUACAAGAAGGAAAUGUGGAUGUUCCAUCAAGGUCUCAUCACUCAGUAUCCGGAAACCCUUAACAAGCGAUUGAGUGAUAUUCAAGUAGGAAACACUCCCCAGGAAGAAGCAGAAGACAAGGUCAAGGAGCUUCGAGCGAUUAUCAAAGGUGAUGUUAGUGGUACGGUGGAAGCCGUCGUGGAUUGUCUCAACGGUCUGCAUACUCCAGAAGUCCGUGUCAAGGUGGUCAGCUCAGGUGUUGGAAACAUUAGCGAAAGUGACAUUCAGCUUGCUGCAGCUUGUGAGGGACACGUCAUCGGUUUCAACGUGAAGGCAGACAAGCGCAUCCAGCAACAAGCUAGCAUAAGCAAUGUGCCAGUCAAAUCGUACAAUGUCAUUUACAAACUGUUAGACGAUGUCAAAGCAAGCCUGUGUGAUAUGCUUCCACCCAUCAUUUCCACUCAAGUCAACGGCGAAGCCACUGUUUUACAAAUCUUCCAGAUCACUGUGAAAGGUCGCGAUACAAAGCCCAUCGCCGGUUGCAGAAUCACCAACGGUAGUGUGACCAGAAAUGGUCGAGUUCGAGUUGUCCGAAACAAAGAAACUAUUUGGGAAGGCGAAUUGGAUACGCUGAAACAAGUAAAGAAGGACAUUUCAGAAGCCAAGAAGGGUCUCGAGUGCGGUAUGGCAUUUGAAGGAUUCACUGACUUUAAAGAAGGCGAUAUCAUUCAGAGCAUUCAGACCAUUGAAACUCCAAGAACGUUCUAAACAUCCCCAUUGCAAAGCAUAUUUCUUAUCUGUAUCAUACAUACUUCAUCUCUUACACUUUUCACAUCCCCUUUCCCACAUUCCCUCCAUAGACUACUGUCUGUAACAAGUCAAGAUGGACCUCCAAUUUAGAUAGACUGUCCCCCAUAAGAAAAAUAAACUUUUGUCGAACCUGUAAUGUAUUCUAUGAGCAAUUUU